AUGGCGCCUCAACCAAAAAUCCUGGCCACGCCCCCUCUCGUGAAAUCAUGCUCCAAAGCCCUAUAUAGCUCUACAAACCCAAACCUAAAUGGUCUUGAGAAGACUUUCAGGAUAGAUGUUUUCCUGCUGUUUUUCCUGAGAGACAACUGUAAAGCAUACAAAAUUUUUGAAAAACAACUGUUGUCAAUCGGCUGCACAGUGGAGCUAAAUUUUGAUGAAGAGGAGGUUUUGGUUAGAGGCGAGGUUGACAAGGGGCCAGGAGGAGGAUUUGGUGGUUCUGCAGAGAAAUGGGAGUAUCAGGUGAAUCAGGUCUUCAUUCGGCUCACCGAGACCUACAACUGCUAUCAUGUGCUUGAGCCAAAACAGAUGAAAAUGGUACUGCAGGACCGGUCCUUUAAGACAGAUGAUAUCAAAGUUUACACAGAGAGUGGCUAUGCUGUGGUUGUGGGAGAGGUUGAUGUCAUGAAGGAGAAGAUUGCAAUUCUGGAAAAAAGCCUACCCACCAAAAAGGAAGUGCCGAUUGUGGAGAAGAAGUUCAAGCUCAUAGAAGAAGAGUUCAAUCGAGAAAUGCGUGCUAAUUGUCCAGAAGUUACAAUCAUCAGAGGUAGUGCCAUGAUCACUUUGGAGGGCCCUGACAAAGAGGUGCAGUCAGGAGCUACAAAACUGGAUGAACUGAUUAAGAACAUAAAGGAGAAGAGCGUAUAUUUCCCUACAGCUCUGCUAACCUUCAUGAAGACCAGUGAUGCCAUCCCAAAAUACCAAACUCGCUUCCAGCAGAGCCUCAGAAACCCUGUUUUCUUUGAGGUGGGUUCAGAUCUGGUUCUGUCCAGUUUGUCCUCUGAUGCUCUGAAUGAGGCUGAGGCAGCAGUAAUGAGAGACUUUGAAGUGACCACUGUGCAGCUGCAGGGUGCAAUAGAUCUUAACAGGUUGAAAGAAAUUCUGACGAAAGCCAAGAACGAGGCAAACAGUAGAGAGUUCAGAGUGGACAUCAGCUACAUGGAAGAGGGUAAAGUGACUAAAGAGCUGAUAGAGGGUUCCUGUCACGUCAUUAUCCGAGAUAAGCAAACUGCAGCCACCCGAAACGUGCAAAGACCACGAAACACCAGCAGACGCAGUGAUACACCUAGAUCUCUCAGCUACAGCAGCAGCAUGUACAGCACAAUUGGAAACUCUGCAAUCAACACAACAAACCUGAAGAUCAAACUCAGCAGUUUAGAAAAUGAACAGGCAAAUGUUCUGGUGGUCCCCAUGCUCAACAAGCAGCUGACUUCGACAAAUAUUGGCAAGAGUUUGUUGGCCAAAGCUGGGAAUGUAUUAAAGGUAAAGUUUGAUUCAGUCUUAGCCAGUUGUGCCCUCGCCCCUGGUGAUGUUCAGCUGGUUGAUGCACCUCCAUCUCUGGGCUGCUCCAAGAUUUUCUUCAUUGAGUGCUUGCCUUGGGACGGAGUAAGAGGAAAGAGUGUUCAGGCUCUUGGUAAUGGUUUGAAGAAGUGUCUGGAGCUUUGUGUACGGCAGAAUUUUGGUUCAGUGGCCAUUCCAAUCAUUGGGCCAGGAAUUGUUUUAAACUACCCACUGAGAGAAGCAAUUCAAGUGUUGACUGACAUCAUUCACCAGUUUGGAUUAUCUGCAUCCUCUGGCUCUCUUACAAACGUCCACAUUGUCAUUAAACCUGGUUACCCUGAUUCUGAGGAGUGCUACCACGAUGUCUACAGACAGCUCAGCUUAAAUAUGAACCAGGGAGGCCAAGCAAUCUUCAGGUCCCUCACCAGUGACUUGGAUGACAUAACCAUGACAGUGGAAAGUGGGGUUAAACUACAUGUGGUGUUUGGUGACAUAACCAAUGAAACUACAGAUGUUGUAGUGAACACAACAGACUUCCAAAAUUUUAUCCUUGUCUUCUUGGCUUUUAAAGAGGAAGCGAUGCAGAUGUAUUCCCCAGCUGUCAUCAACAGAGUGUUAUUUCAAGAACAACAACAGCAACAACAGUCUGCUCCUUUUGUGAGUGCAUACCUCAGCAGUCUCCAAAUCAGCUCUACAAGUCAGCAGUCUGUCUUCACGUUCCUGGGUCUUUCCAUAUCCGACAUUGACAAUGCCAUGGAAAAGCUAAAGCAUCAAUAUCACACACAGUGCUCCAGUAAAACCUUCUCAAAGGAGGAACUGGAACUCCUCAGACAGGAUGACAUGAUGGAGCUGAAGGAUCUGGUGGAGGCUGAGGGUUUAUUUGUGCAAACUGAUCAGUCUGGCGCCCUAACAGUGAACGGACUAAAGAACGGGGUCACCCGGGUGAUGCAGAAAAUGAAUCAGUGUCAGUACAUGAACCUUGCUAGAGAGGUGAGAGUGAGGGAGGAGGAGGAUGUUUACAACAGAGUGGUUUGGUGCAUCCUGGCAAAUCACGGUAACUGGGAAAGACUUCCCAAAUCAGCUAAUCACCAAUUGGAAAACAACGAAUUAACACAAGGAAUAACAGAUGCACAGGGACUUAUAUGGGAGGUUGAUGUACAGGCUAUGGUGGCCACACGACCACUGAGCAGGCAGACGACAAAGCUGAAACGACUUGAAAAUCUUCCAGGUGAGUAGAUAGUUCUCAGAAAUGUUACAAAA